AUGCAGAGUUGAUGAAUCAUCGGGAUCCACAUACCUCUUUAUGUCCGACUUCGUCACACAUCUUCACCAAUCGUGAUUAGACUCGGCAGCCUUUAACCGAAUAGGAUUGUCCAAGCGCGGGAAUAAACAAAAUCAAUAUCAGAUUUGAUAUGGGAAUAAUUUAUUAGGAUAUAUCGGAGAACAAUCGAGUACGGAGUAAUUCAAAAUUUCAAAGGGAUGGAAGAGGUGGGAUCACAUUUUCUCUGAUUUUAACCCUCAUCUACGCACGGAUGUAUCUUUCUCCUCUAUUUUUCAUGCUACACUCGACGAGUGAGCUCUACUACUCACAGUCUCAUACGCUUCACUCACUUUAUUGCUGAGUCGAAAGCCAUCCACCCACCUUGCUUUCGCUUGUCCUUUGUCUUGUCUGUUGUCCGACAAUUAUCAUUUUGACAUUCCCACUUCCAUUCCUACUGCUCCAUACUGCUCCUCCAUACCGCAGAAGCUUCAUCCAGGCUCAAUUCCAUCAUCAUGCCUACCAACUCAUCCGUCAAGCGUGCCCUCGCCGCCAUCGAAAAAGAUCCCUCCAAAGUAUUAGGCGUCGCAUACAAUGGCGAGGCAAUCACAACCAAGCAAUACAUUCCCCGCGCUGGUAAGUUUUAAAGUUUUCGCAGCGCAAACUUAUGCCAAGCGCCAAGUACAGGCAGACUAACCAAUUACCUCUCCACAGGAGCUCAGGCCGCACCCGAGCUCUCCUUCGCGGUGCCCGAUCCUUCCGCAACCUACAUGGUCGUGAUGCUUGAUCUCGAUGCUCCUUUUCCUUCCCUUCAAGUUCUGGGUCCUAUCCUCCAUUGGAUUCAACCCGGCUACAAGGUCGGCGCCAGUAAUGUCUUGACUACCGAUGCCCCUUUCGUCGCUAACUACAUCGCUCCUGCUCCUCCGCCAGGAAGUGAUCCUCAUCGUUACUCAUUCUAUUUGUUUGAGCAACCGGCCGACUUUGACGGGAAUAAAUACGCACCGGCUAAUGGGAAACCGCUCAGCAAUUGGUCCCGUAUGCGUUACGAUUUGGACAAUUGGCAAAAGACGGCUAAGCUUGCUGAACCCAUUGCUGCGAACUUUUUCUUGAGCAAUUAGAUAGAUACCCUGUUGGAGCAUGUAGGCUGUUUGAGCAGCUGAGGGGAUAAUUCCCGCUGAGGUGGAGGCUUUUGCUGGUGGUUGCGAUGUGAUGAGGGGAGUUUGGGGGCAGAUUGUCGACGUCUCGUCUUUUUUUUAUUCGGAAUGAGAACUAAGGUCUCUCAAUAAUGUUUAUAUACCUUAAAUGCAUAAUGCAUGAUUGCUACUUGAGCUUCCUUUGUUCAUAAAUACCAUUAUAUACCAUUGUAUAUUCUCAUUGCUUUCUAGCUACAAGGUGCGCAGGUUUGGGGCUGUUUUUGACUUCCUCAUUGUUGUAAGU